GACCGUCUUGUUAGUUCCCUUCUUGCAAUGGAGUUCUCUGCGAUUAUGGCAAGUGGAGCUACCUCUUCUUCUGUUGUCUCUCUUUGCUGGAAACCUAAUUCUAAGUGUACCGAUUUCAAGUUUCUAGCUCAGAAGGCUCCCAUAUCGUUAUUCGAGACCUUUAAAUCUGUUCAAUCGCCUCAACUUGAUACCAAUCCACUGAAAUCCAGUACCCGAAGCAUCAACUCUGGAUUCUCAUGCUCUGCUGCGACCCUAUCUCCCUCGUCUACCACCGAGCUCGUCCCUUUUAAGCUACAGCGCCUGAUUGAGGAAUUCGAGUCCAUAUCCGAGCCGAUUGAUAGAGUGAAGCGGUUGUUACGGUAUGCGACUCUUCUCCCUCCUUUAGAUGCCGCAGCGAAACAUGACUCGCAUCGGGUCAUGGGGUGUACGGCGCAGGUGUGGUUGGAGGUGCGGAUUGAUCAAGAGGGCAAGAUGAGGUUCGCUGCAGAUAGUGAUUCAGAGAUCUCUAAAGGGUUUUGCUCAUGUUUAGUUUCGGUGCUUGAUGGUGCGAUGCCUGAGGAUGUUCUGAGAUUGAAGACGGACGAUUUGGCUGCUCUGAAUGUGGGAUUGCCGGGUGGAGAGCGUUCGAGAGUAAAUACUUGGUACAAUGUUUUGAUUAGUAUGCAAAAGAGGACUAAGGCUUUGCUUGCAGAGCUUGAAGGGAAGUCGCCAUUUGAGCCGUUUCCAUCUCUGGUUGUGACUGCUGAUAGAGUUCAUGCAAAAGGAAGCUAUGCCGAAGCUCAGGCUAGAUAUCUGUUCCCAAAUGAUUCUACAGUGAAAGAACUUGUCAAAGUGCUAAGGGAGAAAAAGAUUGGCGUUGUUGCACACUUUUACAUGGAUCCUGAAGUCCAAGGGGUGUUAACUGCUGCCCAGAAGGAAUGGCCUCACAUUUAUAUAUCUGAUUCAUUGGUAAUGGCAGAUAUGGCUGUCAAGAUGGCUAAAGAUGGAUGCCAAUUUGUAACAGUACUUGGUGUAGAUUUCAUGUCGGAAAAUGUUCGUGCGAUUCUUGAUCAAGCUGGCUUUGGAGAGGUAGGUGUGUACAGGAUGUCUGAUGAACGAAUCGGUUGUUCUUUGGCCGAAGCUGCAGCUACUCCUUCUUAUAUGAAUUAUCUUGAAAUGGCUUCAAAGGACUCUCCCUCCCUGCAUGUUAUCUACAUAAAUACAUCAUUAGAAACGAAAGCCUAUGCUCAUGAGCUUGUGCCAACAAUUACCUGUACAUCUUCUAAUGUUGUGCAAACAAUUUUGCAGGCUUUUGCUCAAGUACCUGAGUUAAAUGUUUGGUAUGGGCCUGAUUCCUACAUGGGUGCAAAUAUUGUAGAACUGUUGCAGCAGAUGACCCAGAUGACAGAUGAAGAAAUUGCAAUGGUUCAUCCAAAACAUAAUAGGAACUCAAUUAGAUCAUUGCUCCCUCGUCUGCACUAUUACCAGGAAGGUACGUGCAUUGUACACCAUCUUUUCGGGCAUGAAGUUGUGGAAAAGAUAAACGAAAUGUACUGUGAUGCAUUCCUUACUGCUCACUUCGAAGUCCCUGGAGAAAUGUUUUCUUUAGCGAUGGAAGCAAAAAGAAGAGGAAUGGGAGUUGUUGGUUCCACCCAGAAUAUAUUGGAUUUCAUAAAACAAAGGGUGCAAGAAGCUUUGGACAGAAAUGUCAAUGAACAUCUACAAUUCGUGUUGGGAACAGAAUCCGGAAUGAUAACAUCAAUUGUUGCAGCCAUUCGUAAUUUAUUCAAUUCUGCAAAAUCCACUUCUGGAGGAGCAAAGAUCAACGUGGAGAUUGUCUUUCCCGUGUCAUCAGAUUCAAUGACAAGAACAUCAUCAAGUUCAUCCCCAGGCCAAAACCCGGUUGUACUUGGUGACAUCAAUUUACCUGUAGUGCCCGGAGUUUCCAGUGGGGAGGGAUGUUCUAUUCACGGUGGCUGUGCAUCUUGUCCAUACAUGAAGAUGAAUUCUCUCAGCUCUCUUAUGAAAGUUUGUCAAAAUCUCCCCAACAACAGAAGUGCAAUUUCAGCACAUGAAGCCAAGAGAUUCAAACUGCACACAGUAACAGGAAAAUCAGUAGCAGAUAUCGGGUGCGAACCAAUCCUGCACAUGAGAGAUUUCCAGGCUUCAAAACAGCUGCCGGAGAAACUUGUUCAUCAGAUACUCAAUCGGCAUUAGCAAUGGGGACAGUUUUAGCAAGUCAAUCCAUGCUAGUUUCUUCUCAUCCGCUGCUGUUGAGCCAAGAACAUGUGGAAUCAUUCUCUCUUCUGAGCUAAGUUUUUCCCUGAAUAACACAACCAUUUAUGUAUCACCUCGCAUAAAUCUUUAAUCACUACUAAAUCCAGUAGCUUUAGAUGAUCAAGUAUGAUUUACUUAAUCUUUUAUAUAGAUUUGUAACCGUUCUCGACUGUGCGACACAGAACUAAGUUAUAUUUAUAAUAGAUUCAUCGAGUUCUUGAUAGACUCAAAAAA